UGUUCUUCUAGAAGAUCCGCAACCCGUUAAUAAACCAGUCUUACAGGAAACUCAGGUCUUGGCUCUGACGACAGAAGCUCUCUGAUCGUCAUUCCCAUCCACCUAUAAACCAAGCUCGCCGACGUUGCACUGGGGUGGUCCAAUUCAAAUCUCUUCAACUAAUAUCUCACCCAAUUCACCCAUCAUGGAGACCAUAAACGACACCUUCACCAAUGCCUCGAACUCUCUCUGGAGUGAGGUCCAUCCUACCCAGACCCCAGACAACCCGUAUUCUUCACAGCAUGGCGAUGAGCCUCUCUCUGGCAUCCAGGGCAAAGGGACUGCCACUGAUCCCUAUGAUGCCGGCAACCGCGAUGAACAACCCGGCGCCCCAACCACAAAGGAAAACACAGCCGUGAUCCCCGAAGCAUUGUCAUCUAUCCACGUCGACCACGCUCGCAAUCCCAAGUCCCCCAGCAACGCGGACUUUGGCCCCAAGAACGUCUUCAUCGACGAGCCAUCCCGCGAGAGAAAGACGAACUACUUAGGAGGAAACACCACCAGCUCAGGUACCAAACUGGUGCCAUCCCACGUUGGCGUCCCGGAGCAGCGAACCCAGCGCUCCGCUUACGGUCAGGGAAGUCCGUAUCCCCAGACUCAGAAAGGUGGUGAUACUGCUGGAUCCUCUUCGGGUACUACUGGUGCCUACGCCUACUCAGGUCAGGGAAUUUCGUAUCCCCAGGCUCCGAAAGGUGGUGAUACUGCUGGAACUUCCUCGGGUACUACUGGCGCUUAUGCCUACUCCGGUCAGGGAGUUCCGUAUACACCGAAGGGCGGAGACCUUGCCGAUUCUUCUUCGACUACUAGUGUCUACUCAGACCAGGAAAGUGCAUAUCCUCCAGAGAACAAAGACCUUGCUGGGUCGUCUUCCGCCACUAGUGGUGCCUAUGCAUACUCCGGUCAGGUAGGACAGGAUACCCUCGCCGUUCGAGACAGCAAAUUUAAGAAUCAGGGAUCCAAGGAACAAUCGAGCCCCAGUGGAGGACGCGCCAGCCAAACCAUGCUUGAUAAUGCGGGUGCUCCAUCUUUCCAGAAGGAAAGGGAUUAUGCUGGCCCAGUGAUGGCCGAAAGAGUCACCGACAAGCAGGGACCUAAGAGUAAGAUCGACAGUGCAGGCGCCGGCUCACUACAAAAGGACAAGGAGUCUGCCAGCCCAAUGAUGGCCGAAGCAGCUGUUGACAAGAAUAAGAUCGACAGCGCUGCCACCGGGUCUCUGCCGAGGGAAAGGGGCUCUCUCAGCCCAAGAACAGCCGAAGGAGCCACCAACAAGCAGGGAGCAAUGGACAAGAUUGACAGCGCCCGGAACCUUCAACAAGACAAGAAGGAGACCGCGAGCAAAUCCAUUCCCGCCGGAGCCAAUGGCGUUCCUACAACAGAGAACAAGAUGAGCGACAAGGAGUCCGAACUCCAACAGAAAGCCAGAGCAUCCACAUACAAGCCAUCCAUGGACAAAUCCACCGGAGGAGGAGGAGGCAUCGUCGACUCCACCCCAACAACAAGCAACAAACAAGAAACCACCAAUGGAUCCACAUCCCAAGAACAGAAAGGUAAAGACGCCGCUACUGCCGGUGACUCCGAAACCAAAGUCCCCCGGAACAACAAAGUCAGCGAGGAAGCCCUUCGAGGGCCCCAGACCCCGGCUCCAAGAGAACCGUACGAGUUCGAGAAGCGUUUGGAUCAGCGCAGAACCAGUCGCUCUAAACAAGCCACCGACACAGUCAAAGGUUCCAGCGAAAACGCCCAACAACAAGGCAAAGAAAGCUCAAGUUCGAGCUCUCAUCACAGCCAUAACCCCAUGACUACAUUGAAGGAGAAAGUAUCUAAGGUUUUGCAUCAUAGCAGCAGCAACAAGUCGUAAUCCUUUUCACCUGACCAACAUUUUAUCUGGCUGGCGCGCGAUGCGAGAGAAAUUGUUACAUUGAUCUUAUCUUAUUCCUAAUAAUUGAAUUUGGAGUUUGGAAUUUCGAUUUUGAAAUCUGGAAAUGAUCUGACUGUGUGUGUGGUUUUGACUAGGCGGGGAUGGAGGGGGA